UUCCAUCAAUAAGUUUCUUCGGAAAUAAGCUUAUGAAGGAAGAGCUGCCUGAUGACGUUUAUCUUCGCUGCUUCUUGACUGUCACACUAGCAACCUUCAUGUGUCCCACACCUAACACAAAGCCAAGCACCAAAUAUUUGGGAGCACUUGUUGAUGUGUCAAAGUAUAAAGAUCUUGAUUGGUGCUCUUUUGUCCAUACAUGGAAUAUCUCUUGUGUCAAGAAAUAUCAAACAGACAAGCUGAAGGAGAAACGGAUAACAACACUUUGGGAGGCUGCAUAUAUCAGCUAGCAGUUCGGUGUCUAGAUUUCAACAAUUUUGGAUCAAUAACAAUCCCUCCAGCACUGCCUAGGAUUUGCUUCUGGAAAGGACAAACCAUUAAACAUUUCAGUGAUAUGCUCCUCGGGAAAGAUGGACUCUAUGGAGCUCUCCAAAUCAAAGAUGAGGCAGAAACUUGCUAUGCACAAACUGAUGGUGCAUGCGCAAGCACCUCCAAGAACUCAAACAUCAGAAAAGCUAUACAUAGGGUCUUAGGCAACUCUUUUUCAGAGAAGAUCAAAGAAGAUAUAUUCCUCAAUUUUCAGGAGCGCGUAAAAGAUCAAAACCUGUCCACAUGUCUGAUAGCAAAACAAGUGUUGCUAGACACUUUGAACAUUGUUUCUUCUUCUUUCAAUGGCUCUCAACAUACAGAGAAGUUAGAGUCCUCCGACAAUUUGUACAUGCCAACUGACGAAGAUACUGGGUCUGGAAGUACUAUUAGAGUUGAUUCCAAUGGGAUUGAGAUAAACAGUGAUGGAAGAGGCAGGAAGAAGAGAAUGAAGACUAGUACACAGCAGUCAGAAACUUCAACAACUAAGGACAAUCUAUUGGAAGUUAAAAUAAAGGGAAGCAGACUUGAAGCAGCUGUGGAAGAAGGGGAAGCUGAAAUGCAAUCACUACCGGGCAAUGGUCACACGAAAGAGCUCGAAAAAGAAGCUGUAAUGGAACAAACCAUGCAGAAUAGCAACAUCGCAACACAGCAACCAGAGAUGAAUAUGCUUGAUGCAGAUACCAAUAUUCCCAAGUGCAAUGCUAGUGAUUGUUCGACUCAAAAAGAAGCACCAGAAAAGAGCACUAGCCUGAACUACAUGUUGUUAUCAGCUAGAUUGGCAAGAGCACUCGAAACGACAGAACAAGAUAUGAGCUCAAAGGAUGAAGCCAGCACGCAUGUACCACCAACUUUCUCAGGUUUCCAACAUAACGCUGUUAACAGUAAUCAAUCUGAGCAUUGCACCGAAAGCAAGACAAUGUAUCAAGCAAACGAAGCAGCAGCAAUUGAGUGUGUGGAAUUAAAUACCACUGCCUCCCCACAAGACAACAAUAACCAAGAUCAUUUUCGUUUCAAUGAAGUCAGAGAGCAGGGGAAACAUGCAGGACUUGAUAUUGAUAUCAACAUACCACUAUCAAAUAGCGGUAUAGAUGACAAGCAGAAACAUGUGGAAGAUUUCCAACACACUCUGCAUCCAUUGGACAUUGCAAGACAAAAGUAUUUCUUUUUCUUUUUGACUUCACCUUUUUGGCUACAAAAUUCACCCACUCAAUUUUUUAUUCAUUUCAGGAAGCUAAGAAAAAAUAUAAAUGGAAUACAAGUAAGGACAUAAUCAAAGGAUUUAGCUCACAGCAUGAGCAAACAACGCUGGGUGAUUCAUCCAUACAUUGUGUGCAGAAAGAGCAUGCGACAACAGAAAUGUGCAAGUACAGAAACUUUCUUCCCGGGUUCGAAGAAAUAGACGGCAUUAUUGACUUGACAUCUCCUGCCGCACACACACCAAAGACACGGGACAAUACAAAAACGUGUUAUUACCCAAUGAGAACACGGAACUAUGAGAAUGAUGUAAGCUCAUCACAAAAGAACAAGAAGAGUUACUUGACAACACCAUUUAUUGGCAAGAGGCUUUUUACAGACGAGGUCAUCGAAGAAGAUGACCAAGAUGGGACCAAAGAUCAACCAAUCCCUGUCAUCGAUGAGUUGCAAUUAUCUCCGGACGUUCAAAUUCUGGGGGAGAGAGUAUUCAAUGGUUCAUGCUCUAACAUGGUAAACACAGCAGACAAUCUGUAAAACAGCAACCUUACAUUAGGCAGUUACUCAAGUGGCAAGGAAAAUCUGCCUCCCAAAAGGCUUGUACGCCCAAGCAAGUAUCAAUGCUCACCUUUCGAUAACGAUCUGAGAGGCCCUCUCACGCCACUUGAGAAGCAGCUACACAGCAACAUUGUGGCACUAAGCAAAAUUGAACCUGAUAGAAGGGCGGUGUUGGUCGAUAAAACCAGUCUAUCCCUUGGACAACUCGGCAAUUCAUUCGACACCAACGGACAUGUGGAAGCUUAUGUUUUCAAUGUUUUCAAUAUCUAUUAAAAACAACAUGAAACAUGAUGGCGAGUCACCCUUUCACAUGGAGGUAAAAGAUUUGAUGAUAAACAAUUUUAUCAAAACAUGGGAAGAGUCGAGACUCGGGAGAAUGGGGUUCAGAAAUUUUGGUAUAGAAUACCCAAACAUGCCUAAGCAAAUUGGAAGAGAUGCUUGCGGGAUUUUUGUGCUCAAGUGGAUGCAAACUUUUGCUUCGCGGAAUCCUCUCCAGCCCCAAUUCAGGAUGAAGGACGUGGCAGAUGCAAGGGUCAGACUUGCUGUUGAUAUCCUCUUCAGCAAUCAUAACACUGAUGAUGAUGCCAAAAGACUUGUCAAGUACUUUCGUCAAUAAACUGGGAGUUGAGGACAGCAUUGAUCUACAAGGGGGGAGGGGCAAAAAGAAUGAAGAACUAAAUAAAUACUCUAGAUUUUUUAGAUGUCUUUCUCUUUUUUUGUACAUGUUUUUUGUGUUCGCUCGAUGAGUAUCUUGGGAAAAUCAACGGAUAUACCAAAGUAAUGCAAAGAAUUUUUUGUUCGGAUGAAAAACAUUUUUACAGUGAAGGGUAAUGGAAAGUAUUUGUUUUGUCUU